AUGUGCUUCCUGCCCAAUUGUAUUUAUCACACUCUCUCCCUUCCUGACGCUCUUGUUACUUGCGGCAUAACGCCAAACCAAUGUGCAAUUUUCGGCAUGGUGAAUCGGAAGAAAAUUCAGCUGUCCUUUUUCAUGCGUGAUGAAGUUGAACCGAGGAAUCGGUCGGGUGUGAAUGCUCUGCAGUAUGAUGUACAUAACGACCGCCUAUUCACCGCCGGUCGGGACUCCGUGAUCCGGAUUUGGAAUGCACAAAAGCCGAAGGAUUCACUGAUGCAAUGCAUGGAACAUCAUGCUGAUUGGGUGAAUGACAUUGUGUUAUGUUGUGAUGGGAAGAACCUUGAACCGAGGAAUCGGUCGGGUGUGAAUGCUCUGCAGUAUGAUGUACAUAACGACCGCCUAUUCACCGCCGGUCGGGACUCCGUGAUCCGGAUUUGGAAUGCACAAAAGCCGAAGGAUUCACUGAUGCAAUGCAUGGAACAUCAUGCUGAUUGGGUGAAUGACAUUGUGUUAUGUUGUGAUGGGAAGAACCUCAUCUCCGCAUCAAACGACACAACAGUCAAAGUUUGGAAUGCCACCAAGGGCUUUUGUAUGUCCACGUUGCGGACUCACAAGGAUUAUGUUCGUGUGCUUGCUUAUGCUCAGCAUCGUGAAGAGGUUGCCAGUGCUGGUUUGGAUCAUGCAAUUUUUCUGUGGGACGUUCGGACCCUCACAGCCCUAACACCGACAAAUAAUACAGUAACAACGUCGUCGUUCACUGACAAAAAGGAGAGUAUUUAUAGCUUGGCUAUGAAUCCUUCUGGAACCGUGCUCGUUUCCGGUAGUCCUGACAAGUUAAUUCGAGUUUGGGAUCCCCGAGCUUGUCACAAGCUAUUCCAACUGCGUGGUCACGCUGGAAAUGUCCGCGCUCUCAUCGUCCGACCUGAUGGCCAAGAGGUUAUUAGUGCAAGUUCCGAUGGAACCAUCCGCAUAUGGUCUCUGGGAAUGCAGUGCUGCACGGACACUAUUCGCGUCCACUCUCAGGGUGUUUUCACAAUCCAGGUCAAUGAAGCUUUGUGUUCGGCUGGUACGGAUCGGAACAUUUGGGCCACAGAUCUGUCAAAUCCGAAUCGAUCUGUGCUGCUUGGAGAAGAGUCUGAUCCUGUGCUUCGACUUUUGCUCGUCGAAACCCCUUCUAAAUCUUGCCUGUGGACUUCGACGUGUAAUUCGAACGUGAACAGAUGGCCAAUUUCCCCAUCUGGCAUGACUCAGCGCGGCUCUGUGGAGUCGCGAAGUUUUUCCAGCAACUAUGAUCCUCGAGAGUCUAAUCCACCUGGUCCGGCUUUGUCCACUUCAAAUCCUUCUGUUCGUGAGCCGAUUCAUCAGCAUGCACUCAGGGGGCCUUCAACGGAUACCAGUCAUUUGCAUAAAAUGGAAAUGUUGAAGCCAGAUCUUACGAUCCACGGCGGCACUUCUGUUAUCCAGUAUCACGUGUGCUCAGAAAAACGCUUCGUCCUUACCAAGGAUACGGACGCUAACGUGGCUGCCCGUCUUGUAGAGAAGUUGGGUGUCGUGGACUUCGAAAAUGAGAUCAAGAAGCGCGAAAAAUUCAUCUACGUUCCAAACUGGUUCACAGUUGACCUCAAGUGUGGAAUGCCGAUUAUCCAUUUGGAUGAGACAGAUGGCCUCUCGGCCAACAUAACUCUCGCUGAUGCCUGCCUUCUUGAUGAGUUCGAACAGUGCGAUGCGUCGGAUAGCCCAAGUCCGGACACUAAAGUAAAUUAUGGCGUCCUACUUCUUCGUUCUCUCUUUGCCCGUUGGCCAAAAGCAAACGCCUUCGCUAAUUUAGAAAACGCCCGACAUGACCCACUGACGUACAAGGUUCUCGGCGUGCCUGAUCACACUCCAGUGAUUUUAAGCGAGGGAACUGGACGUGCUCUUAUACGCUUCUUAGUACGUGACGCGGCUCCACUAAAUGAACAACUGAUGAUUUGUGACUCCGUGCCGGACUGGAUACGUGAUAUUGUUGUGGACAGACGGAUGCCGAAAUCAACUCGUAUUGAAUUUUUCCUGCUCCCGGGGGUGCGUGAGUACAACGAGAAAGGCCAGUGCAAGAUCGUGCCGCUUGUGUCGAUGAAACGCGACUGUCUUUCAGCGAGUGAUAUUCUACUGAUUCGUAAAGUGAUGGACUACGUUUAUCAACGGCUCGUCAAAUUAGCCGAAGCAUGGACCGAUACGAAUGCAGCUACCACCGGCACUAAUGCAAUGCCUAGUCCUUCUUCUGGCCGCAAUGCAGGAACCUUAUCGUCUUAUGCCAGUGGGGAUCGAUUUGGUCAAGCAUCCAGUGUGUCAUCCAGGCACAUGCUAGUCAACCAUAUGCUCCAUUUAUUCAUGCCCCCUGGAAUGCAAGCUGGGGAUUCACGUGCUGCCACUCGUUCACCCGCUUCUGCUUAUUCGCCCACAGGAAGCUCUGCCGAUCCUCGAGUUCCCCCCAUGGCUCCUUUGGACUUACCGCCAGAAACAUUUCACGCUGACCUCGCUGUAAUUGCUGAGGUUGCCGCAUCCAGUAAUCCGAACCCGGAAGAUAUCGUGGAGAUAUGGUGUGGUGAUCAAUACUUGGACCCGAACAUGAAUCUCCGUAGUGCGCGGCACUUUUGCUGGAAACAGUCAGGCUAUUUACAGCUCACCUAUAUGGUCCGCCAUGAGAAACUCUCUUCCUGACCAUUGUCUUUUAGCUAACGCUCUUGUCACCCGUGCUAACCUAUCCGGUUCGUUCAGGAUCUUUCUCUAUUGCUUCUUCUCCUUUUGAAACUUGACCAUUAACUUAUUUCAGUUCUUGACUAAAUACAUUAAUGUGUGGUUCAAUUUCCUUCCGAAUCCAUUUUCUUUCUUCAUACCGUCCCAAUUGUACAGUCAGUCUAAUUUUAUCAAGACAUUGUUACGUGAUCG